AUGCCCUCUUUUUCUUGUUUGAAACAAAAGAAUGCAUUGUUUUUUGAUUUUUUUUUUUUAAAGAGUCCCUUCUAUGUGUAUCCUGGAGGAGACGUUUGGGGCGAGGGCCGUGCUGCCCCCGGGUUCCUGGAACCAUUUAGGGUGGAUGGACACCUCCUCCCCAUUAGUCAUGAUUUUAUGACCUUGUACAUAGCCCAGCGUGACGUGUGUACAUUUGCUUGCGUAUGGGAAGGUAGACGUUUUUUAAGAACCCGUUUGGGAUCGCUCCAUUCGUGUUGGGAGUCUGAGCUGUCCGUUCUUGGAGUGUGUCAGACUGAGGGUGUCUCUUCCCACUCCAGCUCCUCCCCCUCCGUGCCGGCUCUCAUUCACGUGAGCUUGGAAGUGAAGCUCAGGUGA